CCACAUCUGCGUCCACACUCACGCGCACUCACUCACUCCUCUCGCGCUCUCAGUGGGAUCGCACGCGCUCAGUGGGAUUUUACUCUCUCUAUCUCUGUCCCUCUCUCUGUCUCGCUCUCUCUCUCUCCUGAUGAACAGGAAUACUCGCACACUUUCUCCGCUGUUGGUGGCAGAUGCCCAGCGCCCCGCUCUCUCUCCCUGGCCCCGUCAGUAGUUUGCUGAGUCCAGUGGAGGCUCAUGGCUCUGCCCCCGGCCCACCGCCUGCUCCUCCUGCUGCUGCUGCCCACAGCAGUGAACUGUGGGGCGGGCACAGGGUCUCCAGAGUCGCCCUGCCAAAAAACCGAGCAUCCACUCAUCUCGCACGCAGAGAUUGAGCCAUGGAUCCGCCGUUUCAGAGCAGAGGGCACGGUGGAUUAUUCGCAGCUGACCUUUGAUCCCGGGCAGAACGAGCUGAUUGUGGGUGCAAGAAAUCAUCUCUUCCGGCUGCAUCUGGAGGACCUCUCACUGAUCCAGGAGGCAGAAUGGCACUGUGAUGAGUUCACCAAAGGAGCCUGCUUCAGUCGAGGGAAAUCAGAGGAAGAAUGCCAGAAUUAUAUCCGUGUCCUGCUAGUGAAUGGAGACAGACUUUUCACCUGUGGCACUAAUGCCUUCACUCCUAUCUGCACCAAUCGCACAUUGACUAAUCUUACAGAGAUCCAUGAUCAGAUCAGUGGGAUGGCACGCUGCCCCUAUAACCCGCUCCAUAACUCCACCGCGCUCAUCACCUCCAGUGGAGAGCUGUACGCCGCUACUGCUAUGGAUUUCUCUGGCAGGGAUCCCGCCAUUUACCGCAGUCUGGGGGGUCUGCCCCCACUCCGCACGGCCCAGUACAACUCCAAAUGGCUUAACGAGCCAAACUUUGUGUCCUCCUAUGACAUUGGAAACUUCACCUAUUUCUUCUUCCGGGAGAACGCGGUGGAGCAUGACUGCGGCAGGACAGUGUUUUCACGUGCCGCUCGAGUGUGUAAGAAUGACAUUGGUGGCCGUUUUCUGCUGGAGGACACCUGGACCACCUUCAUGAAGGCCAGGCUGAACUGCUCUCGGCCAGGAGAAAUCCCCUUCACCUAUAACGAGCUGCAGGGCACCUUCUUCCUGCCUGAACUGGAGCUGCUCUACGGCAUUUUCACCACUAAUGUAAACAGCAUCGCUGCCUCAGCAGUGUGUGCCUUCAACCUGAGCGCCAUCACCCAGGUGUUCAGCGGCCCUUUUAAAUAUCAGGAGAACUCUCGCUCCGCCUGGCUGCCUUAUCCCAACCCCAACCCCGACUUUCAGUGUGGUACCAUAGAUUAUGGCUCCUAUGUGAACCUGACAGAGAGGAACCUGCAAGAUGCUCAGAAGUUCAUUCUGAUGCACGAGGUGAUCCAGCCCAUCGUUCCUGUGCCAUACUUCAUGGAGGAUAAUGUGCGUUUCUCUCACGUGGCUGUGGAUGUGGUUCAGGGCAAAGACAUGCUCUACCACAUCAUCUACCUGGCCACCGAUUACGGCACCAUUAAGAAAGUGCUCUCUCCGCUGAAUCAGACCACAGGCAGCUGUCUGCUUGAUGAGAUCGAGCUUUUCCCCCCCAGGAGACGGCAGCCCAUCCUCAGCCUGUUAAUCCUGCACAGCCGCAGCGAGCUGUUUGUGGGCGUCAGGGACCAGGUCAUCAAAAUACCCCUAAUUCGCUGCAAUUUCCACAAGACCCGAGAGGCUUGUGUAGGAGCGAGAGAUCCAUACUGUGGUUGGGAUUUGGUGCUGAAGAAAUGUACUAUGCUGGAGGAGAGUGUGAGCAUGAGCCAGUGGGAGCAGAGCAUCACUCAGUGUCCAGUCAGAAACGUGACUGUGGAUGGUCAUUUUGGUCCUUGGUCCAGCUGGAGGUCAUGUAGCCAUAGUGAUGGAGGAAGUGUUGGGUCAUGCCAGUGUCGGACACGAGCGUGCAACAACCCAAGUCCACAGUGUGGAGGGCAGCAGUGCCAGGGUACCAGCGUGGAAGUGGCCAACUGCUCCAGGAAUGGAGCGUGGACUCCAUGGACAGCUUGGGCUCCCUGCAGCACCAGCUGUGGCAUCGGCUUCCAGGUCCGUCAGCGCUCCUGCAGUAACCCCACCCCACGACAUGGGGGAAGAGUGUGUGUGGGACAGAACCGGGAGGAAAGAUAUUGUAAUGAGCAUCUGCCUUGCCCCCCACAUAUCUACUGGUCAGCCUGGUCACCGUGGGAGCGUUGCACCGUGCCAUGUGGUGGUGGCAUCCAGUCCCGGCGUCGAACCUGCGAAAACGGGAACGAAUGUCCUGGAUGCAGUGUGGAAUACCAGUCUUGUAACACUCUGCCCUGUCCGGAUCUGAAGAAAACGACCCCUUGGACGCCCUGGACGCCUGUGAAUAUCUCAGAUAAUGGUGGUCACUACGAACAGCGAUUCCGCUAUACCUGUAAGGCGCGCGUGGCUGAGCCGGGGCUGCUGGAGGUGGGCAGGCAGAGGAUAGAGAUGCGCUACUGUUCCAGUGACGGGUCAACUGGCUGUUCUACUGACGGUGACCUGCUGCGGUCAGGCCGGAUCACUGGACUGACAGUUAAUGGUGGCUGGUCAGCCUGGAGCUCCUGGAGCCAGUGCAGCCGAGACUGCAGUUCAGGCAUCCGGAGCCGAAAGAGAACCUGCACCAACCCCAAACCCAAAUAUGGUGGGACAUCCUGUCUGGGACCUGCCCAGGAGUACCAGGAGUGCAAUACAACACCCUGCCCAGUGGAUGGUAGUUGGUCCUGCUGGUCACCUUGGUCCAAAUGUUCAGUGACGUGUGGAGGGGGUCAUUACAUUCGGACCCGGACCUGCAGUAACCCCCCGCCAGCCUAUGGAGGGGACAUCUGCCUUGGCCUGCAUACUGAGGAGGCCCUGUGUAACACGCAGCCCUGUCCAGAGAGCUGGUCAGACUGGUCUGAGUGGUCCCACUGUGACUCCUCGGGUGUUCAGGUGCGCCUCCGUCACUGUGAUGUUCUCUUCCCCACUGGCAACCAGUGUGCAGGAAACAGCAGCGAGAGCCGCGCCUGCCUCAUCGAAUCCAACUACAUCCCAGAGAUUUCUGUUGCGCAUUCCAGUCAUGAGGACAGACAGUGUGGGGAUUUUAACGUUUUCCACAUGAUCGCUGUGGGUUUAAGCAGCUCUAUACUGGGUUGUCUGGUCACUUUACUGGUCUACACCUACUGCCAGAGGUACCAGCAGCAGUCACAUGAUGCAACAGUCAUCCACCCCAUCUCCGCUGCCCCGCUUAAUACCAGCAUCACCAACCACAUCAACAAACUGGACAAAUAUGAUUCGGUGGAGGCCAUUAAGCCCGAUGUUUCCGUACUGUUGCCUUUGGAUGACCACAGCAUGCGCCAGCCUUUGUCCACUAACACUGGCGUGGCCCGCGGCCUGGAGAUUUUCUACUAACUCUCCAACAGCACAUGCCCUCUCCUCUCCUCUUGUGAAUCCCGUCUCCGCCCCCCCGUCACCCUCGUGCUUUUAAUAAGAAUAACUUGAUCCUGGAGGAAAGAAAUAAAUACUUUAACCCUCAGCUUGCUGGAAAAACAUACACCAAUGCCUACUUCACAGACGUCAACACCUACGAUGACUAUUAAAGCUGGGUUUUUAAGGCCAGUGCUCCUUAAUUUCGCAGAUUCCACACUGCGAGUAAAACAUGCAGUCUAAUUUUUACUUUUUUUGUUUUUUGCUUUGUGAUUUGCUAUUUGACGUUUUUUGUGGGACCAUUUCAACAUCACCUGUCAAAACUCCCACUGAACCAUCUUCAAGCUAACGAGGACUUUUGCUCUUCUGGAUGUUAUACUACAAAAAAAACCCAAUUCUGAAAACUCUUGCACACGAAGAGCAACAAAAAUGACAUCUCCAAGGCUGGAGAAAUGUUUUAAAAACUUUUUAAAGAAGGCGAUUUGAUCCCUAUGUGACUCCUGUGAACUCUCUGGGAAAAUCCCUGACGUUUGGGGAGAAACACUGGCGCUUUUAUUUUUUUGCAUGAUAUUCACCCAUUGUGUUUUUUCUUCAUUGUUGCUUCAUUCUUUCGCAUGAUUGUUUUUGCAUUUCUGGACAGUUUUGUCUGCUUUGCUGAGUCAGCAUCUUCCUGAGGUCCUGCAUAAGUGCCCAGAAUACGCUCACUAGCCACUUUAUCCGAAAGCCUCACCUUCUAUUUCACUUACUGGCCUCUUUACGAACAGCUAACUUAUAGGUAAUACCUACCUACAUAAGUGUACAGUUACAGAGUCCAGCCCAUCUGCACAAUUCAUCGGCUCCUCUCCUCAUCUUAUUGCCCAAUCAUCAAGGGUCAGUUUCUGACCACAGGACCACCUCUGACCAGAUAUUAUUCGGGUGGAUGUCCAUUCGCAGCACAGCAGUGGCAUUGACAUAGUGUGGUGCUAGUGUUAGUGUGUCAGACACAGUAGUGUUCCAAAAGUUUGGGUGCCCCUGGUCAAAUUUUUUUGUUGAUUAUGUAGAUGAAAAUAAAUUACCACAUAUCAUCUACAGACAAUACACUUCUGCACAUUUUAAUGCACGAUUACAAUUUAAUUGCUGAAUUUAACACAUUGGAAAUUAAACAUAAAAUGUUGCCUGUGCAAAAGAUAUGGCACUUUUUUUAUUUAAUAUUUUUUUACCUAUUUUCAGUUAGAAAAUCAACAAAAUAUGUGAUUUUACCAGGGCUGUGCAAACUUUUGCAUAUACCUGUAUAUUAGUAAUCUAGAAAUCAUAUAUUUUGAGGAAUAAUCAAGUGUUAAGAAAAUAAGAAAACUGGAUUCUAGUGAACAAUAACAGUAUUAACUAUGCAUAGCCUUACAGCUAUUCUAUAAUAUCAUUUGUAUAAAUGUAUAUUAGUUGGUGUGUCCAUCAGGCUCUUCAUCUGAAGAAAUUGUAUUAUCAUCAUUCAAACUGCCAACUUAUCAUUUUACUAGAUAAUUAUUUCUUAUUUACUCAAGUAGCUAUGACUAGACUACAGGUUCAUGGCGUCUCAUAGCAUAUUCAGCUUAUUAAUUCUUAAGAAAUCUUUCAGCAUCCUCAUGCGUGUGAAAGCAUUUUUGUGAGGAACUGCCAAUCAUGUGAAACAUGAGUCAAGCAAACAAGGAAAAAAUAUUAUGUAAAUCUGCAGAAUGUAAAGCAUUCAUAACAGUAAAAUGCUGAACUGUCCCCAUUGUCUCCAUGCUAGUGCUAAAUUGAGUAAUAGUUGCUUUAUAUUCUUCACAUUUAUGUAAUAUGAUUUGUUUCUUCUGUCAAAAAGCGAUAUUUUUCAUCCAACUGACACCACAAAUAUCAUGAAAAAAAAGGAACCAGAGGGGUCCACCUCUGUCAGAAGGUUGUCCUUUACUGAUCAGAAGCUCAGCCAUAAUUAAUCAGGAGCUCAACCUGGAUUGUUUAGAAGCAUGACCUUGAUUGGGCAGAAGGUCAGCACUGGUUAGAAGCUCAACCCUGAUUGGCCAGAAGCACCUCCUGAAAAGUCAGAAGCUUGAACUUGACUGGUCCAAGAGCUGAUCUGAAAACCUGAACUUAACCAGCCCUGGAGCAGUCCUAGUUGCCAUAGUAUUGUAAAAACCAAUCUGCCAUCAUGAAACAGAAAAUCCAGGGUUACUUCAAGCUAAGCCUAAAAUAGACUGGAUAAGCAAGAAUUCCUGCUUCAUUAGACAGACCCCAAAACUUUCAAGCUCCAGUUUGUAAAGUUUGUAAAAAUGAACAUGAAUGUUUUGUUUCAACAGACAGUGGAAUUUAAAAUAAGUCAAAUAAGUGACUAAAAAGGUACAUUUGAAUAAUUUUACAUCAUGUGACUAAGUUUAAUCAAGCAAUUGUGACAGCCAUAGUGUCAUUGCUAGUUGAGAGUGGUCCACCACCCACAAAUAUCCAGCCAAGAGAAGCUCUGUGGUCUGAAGCUGACCACUGAUAAUGGGUUAGAGAACGGCUAACACAGACUGUUAGUCAAUAAAUGAGCUACAGGCUGUAACUGUAUAUCAGCAAGGUAGGGUCUCUGAUAAAGUGGCCGGGGACUGAAUUCACUCAUCAAAAAAAGCUAAAAAAGGAAAAAUGUUGGGGCACGUCAGACAAAGUCCAGACAAUCAAGAUGUAGAUACUUUGGUGUCUGGCAAAUGUGUUCAAAUGUGUCUCUUUCAGGCUUUCAUUAGCCAAGUUACUAACAGUGGUCAGUGUUUUGUUGUACAGUUACACUCAGCAUUAACUGUAUGUCUGUGUAGCUUUUGUAGAUCAAACUAUUAUAAUGCAGUGUUAGUUGGCCCCACUUUAACCCAGCAAUUCAUCAACAUAAUCAUUAUUUUAACAUUCGGUGGUAAAUAAAGUACAAAAAAAUAAGAGGGAGAGAAUGUAACACUCCAGUUCCACUUUAACGGCACCUUUUUAUAACUCUAAUCCUUUGAUAAUUUGAAUACUAUGAGCAUAUUUUAUGUUUAGAAGUUACAAGGACUAGUAUUAUUACACCAACUGUGUUCAUAUUUUCUAAAGGGAAGCUUUUCUUCAUUAUUAAAAGGGUAAAUGAAUUUCUCCAUGAAGAUAACCAACCACCUGUGAUGGAAAGGAAUAAUCAAAGUGCUGGGAUUUUUGUUUAUGUUUCGAUUUCUACUAAUUCUUUUUUUACCUGCAAAAGUUCUGUUCGCUUGUUUUAAUGUGCAUAAAUUAAAACUGCUUCAUAUACCUUA